AACUAAAUCUUUUGUAAAAAAAAAAAUUAAAUCUAUUUAUCUUUGAAAGAAAAACGAAAAUCUCUUCAAUAAUAUGCAAUUAGGAUUCUUCUUCUGCAAUUAGGGUUCUUGUUCUUCAAUGGAUCCCAAAAAUGCAUCUACUAGAUCUCAUCUCAGUUCAAUCAAUUACACCAAUACAUCGUCACGCGCCCACGCGAAUUUCCCAAACCCAAAUCCUUCCCGUUCUUCACGAAUCCUAAUCGAAGAAGAUAUCAUCGUCUUCCCGGUCAUCGACGACGACAUUUACCAUCACCAUCGUUUUUCUCUUCACAAUCACCCCUUCUUUCUCAGUUCCAAUAUUCUCCAAUACGCAGAAGCCAAAACCCCCAAUUUUUUUCAUUGACAAAAAUCAGAAACGAUACACAUCUCCUAUCUGAUUAUUCAGCUGAAGCUGGGACUAGUGCAGAUUACUAUAAUUUUCAGCACAAUUCCACUAUGAUUUCAUCCAAUUACUGUUGUCAUAAAAUAUUUGGCGCCGCCUGUGUUAUUAUCUCAGAUAGGUCGAUUGAUUGUGUCCUUGCACAGUUGGUAAAGGGGCUUUCGUCGCAAGAAUUUGCUGCCCGUAAUGAUUUGGUUCUUUCAUUGCCAGAGAGGAUCCAAGCUAUCCCGGAUGGGACCCCUGCUGCACCCAAACAAACUGGAGGUUGUGGAGCUUCUGCCUCACGUCCUGAAAUUAAAUUUGAUUCAGAUGGCCGAUUUGAAGAUGGAUACUUUGAACAAACCAAAGAAUCAAGUCAGUUUAGGGAGGAGUAUGAAAUGCCUAAAAUAAAACAGGAUCAAGGUUUGGAUGUGAUUGCAGAAGGAUUGGAUACUUUGAAAAACAUGGCACAUGAUAUGAAUGAGGAAUUUGAUAAGCAAGUUCCACUGAUGGAUGAGAUUGACACAAAGGUGGACAAGGCAUCCUCUGACCUUAAAUAUACCAACGUUAAACUUAAAGACACAGUUACCCAGCUACGAUCCAGUCGAAACUUCUGUAUUGAUAUUGUUUUGUUGAUUAUAAUUUUGGGAAUUGCUGCCUAUUUGUACAAGCCCCAUCACGCGCAGCUGCUGUUCUAGAUAAGUGGCCUCCGCCCCCGAAAUUUUUUACGAAGAUUAAUGUUGAUGUUGCCUGCUUCCAGAAUGGAAUUCUAUGUUGGGGCUUGAUAGCUAGAGACCACUCGGGGUCGGUUUUGUUGCUGCAACAAAUUGUGAAGACAUUGAAGUUUCUCCGUUAGUUGCUGAAAUUAUGGAUGUUGAAGCAGUAGUGAAGUGUGUGUGUGUAUGGUGUUACUAAACAUGCUGCUAUUGCUGAUUUAGUCUUAGAUUGUUUAGAAAUUCUUGCAAGGCUAGAGAAUGCUAGUGUUAGUUUUGUUAAAAGAGCCUUGUUGGUUUAGCACUUUCUGUUGGUUGUAAGUCUUGGGAAGGCAAGGUUCCUGACCAAAUUAUAUCUUCUCUUUGUAAGGAUUUUCCUAUUUAUCAAUGAAAUUCCUUUACUGUCAAAAAAAUAAAGAAAGAAGAUAUUUGGAUGAUUUUGUUUAUCUCUGUCA